GCAGUCCGUCAGUCUAUCGGCAACCUGCGUACCAGUCGUGUCGCAGUGCUUACGUAACAAUAUAUUAUUAUUAUUCUUACUUGCCUGACCGGUGUGUUGUUCAUUUAUAAAUUGCGGUCUACGUUUUUUCGUUCGUCCCUCGCCGAGUUACUCGUCCUUGCCGCUCGGUCUCUACUCUAAUUGGUUUAAUCGACACGCAAUUGUAUACAUACAAAAGGGUCAAUCGUCAACGUUAAUACAUAUGCAUAUCUUUUCUCGAUCAACUACAUAAAAACACGCGAAGAAAUACAUAUAAAAUACAAGCACACGUAAAACACGACGAACGCACGCGCCGCGCUCGCGAUAAACGCGCUCUACGUCUCCCGCGAAUCGCCGUUACCUGCCUGUCUCGUCUGCACACGUCGUCGUGCGAGUACAUCCGGAUUCGGAUCGUCGUUGUUCAACAUCGCCGUGCUGGUUCAUCUCCGUGGUCGCGCGAUCGAUCGAUACGCGAUUAUUAAUCAAUAUCGCCUACGAUUAUAUACGUGUUAUAAAAUACGCGAAGAAGAGAUAGCAGGAGAGGAAUCAGGAUAACACGUCGCUGCUGCAUGGGUUACUACCUGCGGCCGGUAAAUGAACAAGUGUCGUCGACGAACCACCACUAUAGAGCACGUUCUCUGGGUUCGGCCCUCCUCCACGGGCACGGUGUAUCGAUUGCUCUAAAAUAGACGCGUGGGAACACCUGCAGGCUACAUACACAUUCUACCUACAGCUCAGACUGUCUGGUUCUCGCUGUAGCCCUCUCUCUCUCUUACUUUCCCACUGCAUCGGUCUUUCCUGACGCCCUUGCACAGCUCGUGACAGGUGCAACGAGAGUAACGGUAGCAGCAGCAGCAACAGCAGCAGCAGCAGCAGCAGCACCGCGCUGUCGUAGGGCUGGAGGUGGUGGAGGUGGUGGCGGUGGUGGCGGAGGUGCAAGCGAUUAAGAAGAAACGUAACAGGAAGCGGAAGAAGCGAAACGAAGGCGAAAAGAAAGAGAGAGAGAGAGGGUAGAAGGACAGAACGGAAGAAAGUACAAGAGACAUAGAUCGUACGUACGUGGAUAUACGUGCGCGCGCGCGCUCGCCAACGGAAAGGAAAGGAGGGAAAGGUGGAGAAGGAGGAAGGAGGCGAUACGCCUGGGUUUCUCGCGAGAAAAGGGUUAUUUCCAGUGAUACGUCCUGGAGGCGCCUGUCGUCUUCGCCGGUACAACCAUAACGCCGCCCGCUUUAAAACGCCCGAGACGGGAUACGGUGGACUCAUCGCCGCCACCCGCUCGAACCGCAGCCCCCGGAAACCCCGGACCAUCCAGCAAACUCGCUUGCAUCAUGGACGCACCGCUCUCACAGAGUAUGGACUCCGUCAACACGGUAGCCACCGGUGAAGACGAGGUGCGCACCUUGUUCGUGAGCGGCUUGCCGAUGGACGCCAAGCCGAGGGAGCUAUAUCUGCUCUUCAGAGCAUACGAGGGGUACGAGGGGUCCCUGUUGAAAGUUACAAGCAAAAAUGGGAAAACAGCGUCGCCGGUGGGUUUCGUGACUUUUCACACGAGGGCCGGCGCCGAGGCAGCGAAACAGGACCUUCAGCAGGGGGUUAGAUUCGAUCCUGAUAUGCCACAAACCAUACGUUUGGAAUUUGCAAAAAGUAACACAAAGGUUAGCAAACCCAAGCAACCAGCCGCUGCAGCAGCCACCUCGCACCCUGCUCUGAUGCACCCUCUAACUGGACACCUAGGGAGCCCAUUCUUCCCUGGUGGUCCUGAAUUGUGGCACCAUCCACUGGCAUACUCGACCGCUGGCGAAUUACCCGGCACGCUGCAACACGCGACGCUGGUGCAUCCGGCGUUACAUCCUCAGGUCCCCGCGCCCAUGUCUCUGCCGCAUCCUACGACGCUGACGUCGAUACACGCGUCGCUGCCCCAUUUCCUACCUUCGCCGGCACUGGCAUCGCCGGUAGGUUCACCCUCGUCCCAGCCGAACAUAGCAGUGAGCAACGCGCCCUGUUCCACCUUGUUCGUGGCGAACCUCGGCCAGUUCGUGUCCGAGCACGAGCUCAAGGACAUCUUCAGCAGUUUUCCUGGUUUCUCCCGGCUUCGUAUGCACACGAAGGGAGGGUCGCCAGUGGCCUUUGUCGAAUACCAAGACGUUCGCUACGCGGCCCAGGCGAUGGCCACUCUCCAAGGAUCCUUUCUCCUCUCCUCCGACCGGGGAGCAAUACGAAUCGAAUAUGCAAAGUCAAAAAUGGCCGAGGUGGGCUUUACAAAUCUCUGGAUCGAAGGAUCAAAGAGAGAAGAAAACGGGCAACCUUAAGAUCGACAUCAACGGCAUGUAAGAGAAACGAGGGAAGACCAUGCGUGCUUACACCCCGGAAUGCAACGAUAAUCAAGAGACCCGGAUUCAGUUGUUUGCGCAAUGGUAACGAAGAAAACAUCGACAAACAACGAAUCCACGACAAACGAUUCAGCAGGUUUCCAGAGCAAAUCGACCGAGUUGCUCGAGAAAUCGUUGCGAAGAUGGAAGAGGCGAUAUGCCAGCGCAGGAAUAAUCACGGGAAACCGAGAAAGAAAAGAAACUAAAAUGGGGUGGGAAUAUAUCGAAAGGAAGAGAAAGUAAAAAGCACGUGCGACAAAAAUGAAAAAAACAGAAAAACAGAGUAACAGAAAUAGAAACAAGAAAGUAAGCAUUCGCGUACACGCAAUAAAAAAAAAAAAAUACGGGGAAAGAUACAAAGAAACACGCAUAUAGAGGAAGAAAAUGAGAAAGAUCAGGAAUUAACGAAAGACAAGGCAGGGGUGUGUCCGCGUGUGUAUGGUUCGAGCCUUGUCUCGCGAAAAUCAGCACCGCGACAAGUAGGGGAAAGAGAGAAACGAAGAAUAAACAGAACAAAAAAAAAAAGAAUUCUUAUAAAUUGCGCGGAGCAACGGCGUUUUAGAUUCGCGACUCGCGGGGGGCCCAAAAUAAUCGCGUAUAUAUGAUAUUCCUAGGUAUAUAUAUUUUUUAACGACUUAACUUAUCGAUCUAUUUCGAUUAGCCGUGUACUACCUUGUCUAUUUAUUUUCCACCGAGUCUUGAUUGCGAUCAACGACGACGACGAAGCGAGAGACACGAAUAGAAGAAAAGAAAAAAAAAUACGAAAAAAGAAAAAAGAUGAAACGAGAAGAAUACACGAGAAGGAAAGAGACACGAUACAUACACACACACACACACACACACACACGCACAGUACACGCGAGAAAACGAGACGGAAGAAUCAUCGCGUCGGUGCGAACUCGCGCGAAGCGUCGUAACGUUCUAGCGAAUUUCUACGCAGAGGCGGUCGCACGUUGCAAUUUCGACACUCGUGACACCAUUUUCUUUCGCGUAUACGCAUCUACACGCAUACACAGAUACACGAACAACACACGUAUAUACAUACGUUAGAUACAUACAUACAGAGAGAGAAGAGAGAAGCGUAAAAGCAGGAAGGCACUGUUCAAGUCACACGCGCACGCAUAUAUAUAAAUAAUUGUUCACACGUACACGGAGGAACAUACAGAGUCCACAGUGGCGAAAGAUUCUUUUAGGAAAAUCGAGCCCCGCGCUGUUUUCGAGCAAAUUGUUUUGGAAGAGGAAAGAGAAAUGAAACGGGUUGGAAAUUUAUUGUAUAAUGCACGUUGAUGCAAUUACUCCCGGAGAGACAGAGUAGUUUUGUUGUAGCACGCUCUCUUUAACCUGUUAACUGGAUCGUUUGUUGAAACGAACGUAAACGUUUGGAAAGAUAUUCCCCAUCUAUUCGAACGUUGAGAGAAUGAAUUUCUAUUUUGCUGUUUCGUAUAGAAAAAAAUUGAUAAGUGUAAUAGAAACGAAGGAGAGUAUAGAGAACGAAUAUCUAUUUUACUUUUUUAAGGUAAUAAGAGAAAAACGACGGGGAUAGAAUAGCGAAGAAACAGUUUGAUAUUUUAACGAACAGCAACGAACGGUAUCGUUUUAACUCCUUGACUCACGGCGUUCGUCCAUAUUCGUGAGAUUGUGAUGCGUGAGACAAAGGUUACGAUGUUUUCUCGAUCGAGAAAAUCGAGGACCACGAAAACGCGAAAAGUCGCAAGACGAUUCGAAGAGAAAAGUUAAACAUACCUGUAAGCAUAAGUAAAAAGAAUGGCGAAGCAUGGAGUUAAAGCAAAGUACUUAUAUAUAUACAUAUAUAUAUAUACAUAUAUAUUUUUUAAAAUACAAGAAAAAGUAAGUUCAUUCGUAUGGAAAGCAACUUGUUCGUGAAAGUAAAAGACCGAAUUAUAUAUUUCCUAAUUAUCGAAGAUUUUGAAAAGCAACCGAUCCAGCCGAUCGCCAGUUAACAGAUUAAAAGUGAUGCAGCCAGAGAAAACUCGAGAGAAAUCCUAUCCUAGUAUCUAUAAAUAACUGAAGAAGCGUAUGUAUGGAUAUACCGAUUCGACUCGUAACGCAUUCGUUACAUCUCUGUUUCGUACGAGAAUUGCCAGCAAACUCGAAUCGCGUCCAUUAAUCCCGGGACGAUGUAAUUCGACGGAGGCGUGACUCGUCUCGUGUCACGUAACUCGCGUGCUCGCGAUCCACGAUCCACGAUCCACGAUCCGAGGGAUUCGCGUGGAGAACAACGUCCGACGAAGAAGAGAACGAAACUGAAACGAAAGAGCGAAGGCAAGCGCGGUGGCUCGUAGACGAAAUUGCAUAAUAUAGAGAUACAAAAGAGACGAAGACGAGUACAUCAAGCUUAAUACCAAAGGUGCCCUAAGAAGCGUGUAUUUAUGUUUUAUCAUUGGCGCGUCGCGAAAAGGCGAGCAUAUACAUUUAAUUAUGUAUCUUGUUAAGGAGAGUCUAAUAUCCUAGACGAGAGUGGCGAUGAACGACAAGCGUGAAUCGGACAAGCGUGAGUGGAAACGAAGAGAGAAAAUACGAAUAUAGAAAUAGCGUGUCAGUGUGAGAAAGAGGGAAUGGUAUGAACGAAUGGUCGAUAGAAUGAUUGUGUUAAUUUACGUAAUAAUCUUAUACAUAUACAUAACGAAUGCGAACAUAUCAUAGGAUUAAGCAGUAGAGGGAAGAAAGUUAAAGUUCUCGUAAUAAGGAUAAAAAGAAAAAAAAGUAACUUUUAAAACGAUCUGUCUUUGUAGUGGCGCGGAUAGACAGAAACGAGGAUACGAAGGUGGUGUGUGCCCUGCGUGCUAGAUACGACGGCCAACUCGGCACGUAAUUUGCCCAAGUGCCUUCCCGUUGGUCGAGUCAUGCUGUAAUUCGUACCGUGUAUUAUUCGUCUCGUCCCGAUUUCAAACGUCGAACUCCCCCCUCUCCCUAUUCUCCCGUAAAUCCAUAUUACGUAUUGUACGUAUACCAUACGCAUUAAAGUACGAAAAGAGAACAAAAAAAAAAGACAAAAAAAAAAGAAAAGGAGAGAAAAAAAGGAUGGAAGGAAUAGUCGCGCAGAGUCCUGAAUUACAGGAAGACGCUUCUUCAAAUUAAAAACUCUUAACUGAUCCAAAGCUGUUCGAGCCUGCCUGAUAGUUUUCUAUCGCCUCGUCGUUUUCUACUUAGACUUUUUUCCUCGAAGGACGGAGAGCUGCCGCAUCGACGCGUGUUCCUCUAAUUAAUAUUUCUCUGCUCGACGAUCGUCCCGUUGAUAGAAUCCGUGUUAACUAUCCCGUACAAAAUGGCUUGAGAAAGGAUAAGCGGAAAGAGAAGGAAGGAAAAAUUUCGCCGGGAUACGGUAAACGAGAAGGACUAUUUAAAGAAAAAAGCGAGAGAAAACGAUCGAGAAAGUUCAUCAACGGUGAUCGAAAGAAUACUCCUCUGUAUAGCGCGAUGGAAAGAAUGGCAUAUUUUUCUCGUAGAUUCCUCGAAUUUUAUCGCCCGAACGGCUUCCCGAGUCGAUCGACAGCUUCUUUUCUCAGAGUUCACAGCCAAUCAUCGUGCUGAUUAAAUAUGAUCCUCGUCGAACAACCACUGGGCAUUUAUUAUACGCAUCCGCAAUUAAUAGUGGCGAGUGGUGAUUAAGUGGUGUAAAGGUGUAAUAGAGAGUGGUAGAGAGUGUUAACCGAACCGUGUGCACGUCAAUGGCGAGAAAUUACGAUGAAAGCGAAGAAUUCAUCGUCGGUGAAGCUAAUUCACACUGUGGAACGGCUAAUUUCACGAUUGGCGUUCAAAAGACACUUCGUCAGCGACAUGAGCCGACCGUCGUAAUUGCUCUCGAGCGUCAGAACGCUCCUUUAUUUUUCUAUUUUCCAUGAAAACACGAGCCGAGAAGAAAAGAAAAGCACACUCCGAGGGGAGGAAAAACGAGAGUGUUGCGCACAGUUUUAUUCCGUGCACGAUUGUAUUCGCGUCGAGACGAGAGUUACGGAUGUCUUCUCGCGAUCGUGCCUGAAUCGCUUGUUUGAAAAAUGACGAAGUAACUGAAAAUCUCGUUGCUCGAUGAAGAUGUAUCUUUCGGAAAAAAAAUCUAUUUGUAUUUCGUUUCUGAUGAUUUUUAGAGAGAUUUAGGAUUUUUCGAUCCUAUAUAUAAAGGAAUCGAAUUUCCGCGAAUCAUUCUAGAACCUUUAUGUUUGACCAAUUUCUUUCUAAAAUUAGCUAAUAUGUAUAUACUAUUAAGAAAAUUCUACUUAAUUAUAUAUUAUAAUAACCACUACCAUCGUCGAAAUUCCAUUAACGAAUUAUACAAAGAGUCAUAUAUUUCAUUAUAUACAAAAUUAUUAUAUGAAUUGCUAUUCGUGCUAUUCUAACAUCGACGCAACACGACCAAAUCAAAUUAUCAGGACAAUUAUUUGUUAUAACUUAUAACUUAGGAAAGUAGCUUAACCGCGACAAAUUUUCCUCUUUUUACUAAAUUUUUGCCGGACAAGCAGUGUCGUUUAAAGGUCCAGGCGGAACAAACCGCCUUUCUAUCUGGCUUUCUUACCACGAAAUAAAAAUCUGCCUGACCUGAAAGAAGAACUUGGCCGGUCCGUUUGCAGAGAACUGGACCGUCGCAAAAAUUCAGAGCGAGACGAGGUGUCCCUUGACGCUGGAAACGGUAAACGCAGCUCGUCGGGCAACGAGAUCACUCAGGAAGAAGUGUGUCAGUAAACUGAAGGCUCGGUGAAACAAUCGAAAAUGGAACAGGCAACUUUUAAAAUCGGCUCGAAGCUUUCGACGAUGUCGCGAUGAUUUCGAAUUCUAAGGAAACAUGUCGCUGAAUCGAAGAUGGAACGAAAAACAAGGAGAAAGAGAGAGAGAGAGAGAGAGAGACAGAGACAGACAGAGAAACGAAAGUAUGCAACGCGAAGUUUCAGGGUUGUCACUUUUCUGAUACAUAUCGUUAGAUCGUUAAGAGCUUACCGAGCAGGUCGUUUAAAGAUAGAUAAUUGUCCUGGAAAGCGUUUACUCGUCGUUCAUUGUGAAAAUGAAGCAAAAAGAAACGGGUAUUUUCAUCCAGCGUUCUUUCGUCUUUUAUCAAUUUUUUCAAAAAGGAAAGGAAAAGUGAAUGGACAUAAAAGAGAAAUUAAUUCCUUUCGCUCGUUGGUGAAUGCAUAUUUUAAUAUUAUUUUUGCUGUAAAUAUAACUAUAAAAUCGGAGACAGAGAGAUUCAACGAUGCAUGAAACAAAAUCUUCACAGGAAAAAGGAAUAAAGAUAGGAUAAAUUCUUCGUUCUCGUCUUUGUCUUUAAAAACUUGUUCUGAGAAGAUUAAUUAACGCGUGUAUCAGCUACAGGGAUACUUAUUAAUAUCGUUUGAUCUACCUUAAAGCGUAGAAGCAUUAAAACUUCCGUUUACGAAAAAAAUCUCACAAAACGAUUUCACGAAGAUCGAGAGAACGUUUCAAAAAUGAAGGAAAGGCCGUUUUCAUACCGUUACGAGAGAUGGUAGUGCAAUUAUCCUGGAAAGUAAUCCGUAUGAAAUUGGCCAGAAAUUUGGCACUGAAUGGACGACUUCGGUAAACGCUCUCCGGAUGAUUGUUAGUGCAACAAAAAAAAAAAAAACAAAAAAGAAAAAACAAAAAAGUGUGUAAACCGCUUGAAUCCGUGAACUCGUCGAUCCAUGAACAUAUCACCGAAUUUCUGACUCGUUAGAGUAUCGUCGAUGUAUAUAUACAUAUAUACAUAUACAUAUAUAUAUUCAUUAUAGAUGGUGACUGAAUAAUUUUUUUCCUGAUAGUCGGUAUAGAAAAAUGUGAAAAAGGUUUUAUCGAAUCUCCUCGGAUGCUCUCUUUAGUGUGUCUUGGACUAUAUAUAUGAAUAUAAUAAAUUUAUUAAAACAAAUUGUUUUACAUUGGUAGCGGGGAAGCGUGGUUUCAAAGGUAAAAGGAGUUAGUCAAUUCGUCUGUGCAAGCGUUCCCUUUUAAACGAGAGUCAUCGUGAUUUUAAGGAAAACACGGAGAAAAAAUAAAACGAGAGACACGCAUUAUGUGAUCUUCGGAAACGACGGAAAGUAUAGCCUAAGUUGUAAAAUCCAUGCGAGGCCUUACAUUUGCGAAUUCGGAGAGAGCGACGACGCAAAAAAGAAAAAGGAAAAAGAGAGGAGAAGUAUGAAACGGCACAGAUUCGUUUGCCCUUUGUUAUAAUCGUUAUUAUAAUUAAUUUAUUAGAAAAAGAAAGGAGCAAAGUGGGUGGCAAAAAAUGGGAAUUAAAUCGAGUAUCUUCGAUUCCCAAGAAAAAAUGAUCCCCAAAGAAAAUGGUUCUUCUUCGUCAUCUUGUACUUUUUCUUCUUCUUCUUCUUCUUCUUCUUUUUCUUCUUCUUCUUCUUCUUCUUCUUCUUCUUCUUCUUCUUCUUCUUCUUCUUCUUCUUCUUCUUCUUGGGGGAAUCGUUCGUCGUCAUCGAUCCUUCUUUCGAGUCUUCAUCAGGUCCCAUUAGAUCCGCGGAUUAUUGAAUCGAGCGUAAUUCGAACUGAAUCGCGAACCGUGACUACCGACGUGGAAAAAAGAGGAAAACGAAGGCUCUCGAAUGCCUUUCCCAGGGCAACGUAUUCGCUUGACCUUAACGUAACAUAUCAUUUUACAAUUAAAAAAAAAAAUAAUAGUUGUACUGCCCAAGAUAGAGAGUGAAUGAACGUGAUCUGCGUAUAUAUGUGUGCGUAAGUGUUAUUAACCGUAACGUGUGAGUGUUGAACAAUUUCUAGCUAAUUAGAACGACGAUCCACGCGAUUCCACGCGUCCGUAUUUCGGCCCGAAAAAGCAAAGUAAUAUCGUACAACAAACGCGUGAAACUGAACACACCAAAAUACACAAGAAGCUAUUACUCGUGUGAACUCGCGUUUAUCGUCGACGUCGCGCGUGACGACGCAACGUUUUGUCGUCGACAAAUUUUCAUUCGAACCUCACUCUAUUAAGAAAAAAAAAGAAAAAAAAAUAGGAGAAACAUAAGAAUUGCGACGACGCUUCGGAAAGAAGAAGCAUCGUCGCGGUGUUAAAAAGUAUAAUUCUUCGGCACUCGCGGCCAAGCUUUUGCUACUUUUGUAUGAAAACGACGAAAAAAAAACUUAUUACGCCACUGAAGCUGUGAGAAAUCUGGAAGACUAAAAAAAGAACAAGAAGGGAUGCGUUAAAGGAAAAAAGAUAGAACGAGAGAAAACGCGAAAAGAAAAUGUUCGGCAUGCACGAAGUCGCGAUCGAGCGACACGAUUUUUCGAUAUCCGGCUACUCGUAUCGCUUGCUGCGCUAUUAAUUACUCGACAGCUCAGUCGCGUUCCAUUGGCUCGUUUUGGAUUUUUUUCUUAUUUCUCUUCAACUUUGUCGGCAGCGCGUCGAAAACUUUAAACUGUUUACGCGAAAGUAGAUGCAUUGACAAAAUCAUUGAAAUUAUAAAAUUGGUUAUAUUAUUAAGAUAUGUUGAUUGUUCGAAGGAUACGCGAAUGAUCGACUUUAUUCCUGUUAAGAGUUCGUUUAAAUUGUAGAAAUGCGAGGGUUCCUAAGAGAUUAAAGAGUUCCGAGGAUCUUUAAUCACAGAUCGAACAACUUUCAAAAUUCAAGUCAGUGAAUUUUCAUCAAAAUUCCCCGAUCAUACUUUCGAUGGGUAAUGUUUCUUCGUUCCGAUAAAGAUGGAGAAAAGUAGGAUUUUCGUCGUCGAAAACAAAAAACAGAUUGAACGCAUAUCGAGAAUAGCCCAAAACGAGCUGAAGGAAUCGCUUUCACCGACGACAACGAGGGAAACUAGGAAAGAAUAGAGAAAUAUUCAGCGAUAAGAAUAGGCAAUUGUUAGAUUGGAUCAAAGUUUCUUCUUCGACCGUGUAUUUUUCGUUGUACGGACACAACCAAAAUUAUUAAACCACUGAAAUUGAAAUUUAUAUCUUGACUACGACCCAUUCAGUGAAAAAAAAACUACUAUCGAUACAAACCUGGAUAUAUAAUAUUAUGUUAAAGAGGAGGAAGGAAUCAACGAUCGUGUACAACAAAAAAUCACGAAUAGAAGAUAGUUAAAGCUGAAUAAACGAACAACAGGAGAAAUCGAUUCCGUGCGUGAUACGAAAAUCAACCGAUGUAACUGGUUAAUUCGCAGCGCAAAAGAAACAUUUGCAACGAGGUUCGCUCGCUCGCGAUGAAUCGUUUCGAUUGAAUCUAAAAAGUGCUUUACAAGUGAACUAAGGAAACUCAUAUCAGUAGGCAGUACGCUAUACAGUUUACAAUUAUAUAGAAUGGCAUUUCGCAUAAGAAUUAGUAGAAACCGAUAUAAAUACGGAAAGUAUAUAUAUAUACAGAUAGCUAUAUAUAUAUAUAUAUAUAUAUAUACAUAUUGGAAUAAAGGAAACAAAUAUAUAUAUAUGUUUAUCAUACGUCGUGAACGGAAUGACAAUGAAGAGAGAAAAGAGAAAAGGGGGGAGGGGGAAGAGAGAGAGAAAAAAAAGAAGAUAAAGCAAAGUACACGCGAAUCAGAUAUUUUGUACUGUGACUAAAGAAUUAUUCUAACGAGUCCGUUUUUUGUUUCUUUUUUACGUACGUAUAUGUAUAUAAUAGAUAUAUAUAUGUAUACACGCGAAAGCACAGGCAAUAGAUCACGAAGAAAGAACCCGAACGAGGCUGACCAACCGUACGAACGAGAGCUUAUAGAUUCUGAAACCCUUGGAUCAUGUUUUUUCACGCCAGCUAAAAACAAACGACGAAAUGAAGAAGAAUUUCCAAGAAAUCGACUCUCGUGGAUCGUGUAACGAACGUUAACGGACAAUUCGGAGACGUAACUCGUCUCAAGAGCGUGGCAAGUCUUUAUCGCGUUUCCUUAAGAAUGAAAAAGAGGAGUCCAUCGCGGCGACAACGUCAAACUAUCGAUAAAGGGCAGAAGCAUUUAAGAAAGCACAGGUAAGAAGAUGCGAUCGAGAAGAAGAACAUGAUUUUCCGCAUGAUCCUGUACAAUCCGGAUAUUUUCUGCGGAACACAAAGAAGAUUUUUAUCCAAUAGGAGAAGAAACGGAGAAAAUCUGCGUUCUCUUUGUUUAAACGGAGGAAAUAUAUAUAUAUAUAGCUGACGAACACCAAAGACAUCGAUACGUAUAUCUAUCCAAAGAUCGCGAGGAUAUCUAGACGGCAGUGUUGUGUCAUCAUUGUGAUACGAUGUUAUAUAAUAAAUCGUCGAACACCCUGUGAACGGUGAAAAGUCGUGUUCGGCCGAAGGAAACAAGACGUGCGAGCUCGAAAUUUCGAAGUGAGGAGCAGGGCCGACGAAUGGAAAUACACGGAUGAAAGAUAGAGAAACGAAAAACCUGCCACAUACACAGAUAAAAUAGAUCCCGAAUCCGUCCUAACGAGACGACGCGCUGAAAAUCGACGAAUCUCUCGCCCGGCGCGUAUCAACGCCGCGAGUCCGAGUUUAAGAAAAGUAGGCCAGUCUCGAAACGGUAUUUUUCCAAGCAUCCGAGAAAUUAUUUUUGAUCGCGUAACCUCGCUCUCUGUCCACGAUAUUCUUCACCGGAACGCUGGUUAGACUGAAGCAAACGUGUCCAUAGGGAGGCCUUCGGGUGUCGAGCUACCGAGUUUCGAGCGUUUCAUUCCGUAAAUCGUGACUACGAGCUCGCACGCCUUGUAAAUCGAUAAGUGGGAGGAAGGUAAAAAUGACCGUAUCUCGUGACCAAGUUUCUCAAACGAUAUUACGUUUUGAUAGGAUCGAAGUGUAAGAUGGAGGAGUGGGAAUAGAGGCUGACCACGACGACACGAAUGCUCAGCGUCCCACUGAGAAGGGAAGGAAGAGGUGUAUUCUUAAUGGAAGAAGUAUAGCGCAGCCGUGAAAUAACGGCUGAACGUGUUUCGAGCGUCUAGGUAAGAAAAUUGAUGGAAGUAUAAGAAAUUGAAGAGUGGGUCGUUUGUAUUUAACGUUAUAUAAUUAUUUCGCGAAUAAUAACAUUCGCAAAUUUCGAUAUACCUUUGAAUAUAUGUUAUCCGUAUUUAACGUAAUUAUCACACGAAUGGAAAUUACAUUUGUGUAAAUAAACUUCUAUAACUUGAAAGCGUCUGCAAAAGUUUCAUAGAUGGUCGAUGUUGUAAUAUAUUUGCGAAGGAUGUUGUAAUUUGGAUAAGAAAUACUUGAAACGCGACGAAAUUCCAGGCGGUAAAAAUUACUUGCGAUUUAUUAACAUUUUAACUCUAGUAAUUUAUAUAAUUUUAGAACUUCGAAGGAGAACCGUAGAGAUCUAAUCGUCAUUUGAGAGCGAUCGCAGAAUCUCGUGUAUCGUCAUCGAAAGCGUUUCAACAAAGUUAUUACGAAAUACGUGUUUCAAUCAUGCUUCGAUUUUCUAUCGAAGUAUAUAGAACGCGUUUGUGAAAAAAGUUUUACACACGAUCGCGCCAUACUUCUUCCAGCAAUCGAGUAGGUUACAAGGAACGUCGGAAUAAAAGUGAUAGGAACGCGAAAUCUCGCGACCACGUACAAUAAGACAUAUCAUUUUUUCUAAUAUACCCAGACGACGUAGAUUCUCGUCUAAAUAGAUUAAAGAAAGAAGAAGGAAAAGAAAAGCGAGGGGCUUUUGAAAGUCUUCGAAAAUUGUCCUCGAUCGAUCGUGACCUACCUAAUCGACAAUUUUUUCGAUCUUUCUAAUCAUUGAAAGUAAUAAGAAAGUGGUAAAAAGAAAAAACGAGGAAUAGGUAAAGGGAGUUUAAAGGUAGAAAAUCGUCAAGUCCAUACAUUCCGAAAGUAUAAUACGACGCAUUAAUUAGGGACCGUAGCUAUCGUGUAUAAAUAUUUACAGAUAUUAGGCUCGGCUAUAAUUUAAACGCUAUAUUUAUUAUUAUAUACAAAGGUUUUAAGGUGUUAAAGAAAAAAAAAAAAAAAACUUGUAACUCGUUCUAAUCUAUAAUAGCAUACAUCUCGUGAUGUUUUUUCUCGUCGAGUUUUUCGAACGUUUCGCGAUUAAAAAAACGUGUGUGAUCGUAGAUUGUUCGACGUAGUUGUUAUUCGAAAGGGAUUAAUAAUGUCGCGUGCGCUUCUUUUCCGUGCUCUAUGUGUUUUAGUUACACAUCCGUCUGGCGAUGCUUCGCGUAUAUUAGCGGAAGUGACGUUGCCUGAAAGUAAUUUUUAUCCCUCUGAUUGACAGGAUGGAGUCGAGGCGAUCUACAUCGUAUAUUUCUCAAAUAACAUCGUUCCCAUCGGUUACAACCAUCGUUUGUUACCGUUAAUCGUUAUUCAUGUGCAUUUACGGGAAAUUUGCAAAUACAGGAAAUACACGUAAUAUGUAAAAAUAUGUAAAAUAUUCAAUGUAUGACACUCUUUAUAAUUUUCAGUUUUUACUCAGAUUCCAUGUUUUUAAUUAUAUUUGAAAAAAUAUGAAUUCGCGUAAAUAUCGAAGUUUAUUCGUAAAAUAUCGUGUAAUCUCAUCAUUUCCAAGAUAUAAUCGAUUCUGACUGACUCCAUUCUAUCAGUUAUGUCGAUAAAUACACUGCUCAACAUAGAUAGUUGGAAAACGAUCUAUCGAUCUUACUUGUAAACAUAGAUAUUAUUAUUUAACAAAUUGUAAUUGGAAGUUUUCGUAUAUUAUACGCGUACACCAUGGUUUCGCAUACACGACACGCGAACAAUUUUCGCAAACGAAUGCAACCCAUAUGCACCACGAUGAAAGUGUGCGCAAUAAUCGCUUCUAUCUGACCUUGCAUCCGAGUUGAAGCCACUUUCUGCGUUUCAACAAUUCCACAGCCGAUCCUAUUCGGCCGCAAUUGGAAUCAACGCUCCGUAUCUCAUGCGUGAUAUCGUUCCCUAUAAACGCUCUCGUAGUUUCCUAGGAAUCAUUCCAACGCGUUUUCUUAACACGAACGGCACAUCAAGAAAAUUUCCAACAGCCAGUCCUUGUUCCGAAGAACAGUGGGAAAAGUGAUUCGAUCGAUAGGUAGACUACGAAUAACUUCGAAUAAUCUACGAUUCUAAUUAAAACGCAAAUAGCAAUUUCUUCGUACAGUAUAUUUUACAAAAAAAAACGUAUUUAAAAAUAUCCUCUUACAUUUUAAACUUAUAAUUCGUAGAAUUAUAUUGAAAAAAAUUGAGCAUACAACAAUUAAAUCUUUCUUUAUAUAAAUAUAUUUCACAAAAAUGAAAUAUUUCAGACUACAAAACGUAACAACCAUGUAACUACACUUUAUCGUGUUAUUUUCGAACCUCGUAGCCCGAAGAACUAAAACCGAGGAAAUCUACCACCAAAUGAUUUACGAUAUAUUUUUGUACGAAUGGUGUACGAUAUAUGUAUAUAUAUAUUUUUUCUUUUAUACUUCGAAUCAUUGAUUGUACUGAGCAGUGUAUUUCACCUUUCAAUUCGAGAUUUGAAAAAGAAUCUCGCGGUAACACGGAUGUUCCAUCCCAUUCAUUCCCGCGGAUGAUCCGCAUGUCGAUAGUCAAUUCGUCGAUAUUUUACAUGAAAAGAUAAUUCCUGACAGAAAUUACCGCGUCACCGAUCUCGCGACGUUGAUUCAAGUCGAUUAAUCGACUCUUUUAAUAAAACAAUUAGGAAAUUCCGUGAAACGUCUGCUUCGACGUUAUAUGUAUAUUACAUAUAGGUGUUUAUUCAAGGAAAUUUCAUUCUCGCUAUCAGAUGUUCUUUGCACAUAGGUACCUGAAAGGUUCGACUAUUUAUUAAUUUGUCAAGGCUGCGUAAACAAUCCCAAAGAAUAAAAGAUGCUAUUUUACGUGUCCGUGAUGGUGAAUCUCAUAGGUAUCUCUUAAGCGUGUAAUUAUCGUGGUACAGACGAACAGCGAUUCACGUAUCGUCAUGCGUCGCCAUCAUAAUUUUACUACGUGAAACUAAGUGGAACAAUGGAAAUCAAUUUUCUUUUUGUUUUGUAAAUAUUCGAUUAGAGAUUGUCUAAUAAAAAAAAAAAAUCUACCUAUAGGAAAUUUUGAAGAAUCUUGGAUAGGAAGAAUUUCUGUAAAUCCCAAAUACAUUUCGAAUGUAAAGAAAUUUGAACAAAGAAUCUCCGUAAAUUCCAAGAAAUCUUGCAUGAAGGAUCUUUACAAAUCCUGUGGGAUGUUCGAUAGAAAGUGUCGGUAAAUUCUGAAAAAUCUUCGACGGAGAAUCUCUGCAAAUUGUGAGAUGUGUCAGAGGAUUGCUCUUUUCGGAGUUCUCUUAUGUAAUAAAAUAACUAGGGAAAUCGCAUAAACUUGCGAAAAAGUAUCGGUAAAUUCUGAAAAAUCUUUAAUAAAAAAAACUCUGAAAAGUGUUUGACAAACGAAUAUGCUCCGAAGAUCCUUAUAUAAUAGAAUAUCUACGGAAAAUCCACAUAAACUUGGGAAAACUUUUUAUCAAAAAUUCUCCUAUGCUCUGGAGAACCUUCUGUAAAGAAGGAAGAUGGAUGUUGCAAAGUGAACCAUACAUAUCAAAUAAUAAACGAUAAUCUUCAUUAUCGAUGUUUAUAAUUGUGCACAAAAUGGGAUAGUUAUCAACGAUGGCCACGAUGAUUGACUCGAUCGUCUGUGGACAUUGAUUCUGACUAAUUAGAAUUAUAGAAGCCAAUUAAACAAGCCUCGAUCGAAGAAUCGAUUAACAACGAUGAUCACGUAUUGGAACAAUGAAAUUGUAAAAUACCGCAAAAUUAAAGAAACGGAGGGGGUGGGUGGGGGAAAUAUUACACAUGGGAAGACACGAACCAAGACAAAGAAAGUCUACACUUAUUUAACAACGCACUCGAUAAUGUAUGCGAAUAAUGAAUACGAGAAUUCGAGAUCUACUUACUUAUGUAGAUAUUUAUGAUAUUCGUGAUAAACUGAUAGGGUCGAAGCAGAUGAAAGUUAUAGAAAGCAAAAGAAACGUGUGAAAUUAGUAGAAUUGAUGUCUACGCGUCGGACGACGUUUAUAGAAUAGGUGCAUCGUUAAAGGAGAACGAUAAACGUUAUUACGAUUGAGUUAAACACCGAAGUUUAACAAUGUAACGAUGUACAGGGUGGUUCGUCGUUGAUGAAACUUAUUUAGCGAUCGAUUCAACAUUGAAAAUUAUUCUUUUUAAUUGUAAAUUAUAAUUUUAUAUUAUAGCUGCUCUGUUUUUUAUAAUAAUUAUACGUUCUUAAAAUUCCUUGUAUUUUUUCGAAAGAGUAAUAUUCUCUUUAUUAUUGACUUCUGAUUUCAAAUAAAUCAACUGUAAUUUAAACACAAUUGUGAUCUAGUUUUGACGUUUUUCAAUGCUUGAUCGAUCGUUAAAUUAAGACCUAAAAAUAAUGAAACAUCUCGUAUAUGUAAAAAGAAAAUUCUUUAAAAUAUAACAACGUUUCAAUGUUCAUAAUUAGCUGUUUAAAUUAUAUGUUAAAAAUGCUGACUACUUCGGGUUUUAGAAGAUCAUCGAUAAGCGCGUUUAAAAUAAGUUGUAUGAUAUUUAUUUUUCACCAGCAAGAUAAUUGCCUCAACGGAAGGCGUGACGAAAAUUAUUCAAACACAUUGUGAAACAGAAACUGGUGUUGCACAAUUCCAGCCUUUCGUAACAAUGUUCGCAAAGUAGACGCGUAAAAGGUCUACUUUCGUUCUACUAAUUUACCACUAAUUAGCUACCAUCCGCUUAUGAAUCGCAACGAACGCGACUCCAAAUCACUGUUGCGUGCUUAACACCACUUAACUUCGACUUCUUGGUACGAAAUUGUACUAAAUUAUGCGCAUAAAAAGUGAUUAACGAUGAAAAGAAGGAAAAUACGAAGAACCUCUUACGCGCAAAAAAUCAGCUGUAAUUAAGUAGCCUGGCAUUGGUAAUCUAGAAUUUCUGGAACAAACUAAAAGAUCUACCUUCUAAAUUCUACUUUUUAAAGCUUAAUUAGUCUCCGUUUUGAGAAGGCGAUUUCCAACGUUAACUUACAAAAGAUAGAUACUCCCAUUUAAAUAUUUUAUCGAAUAUUUCUUUUUUUUUUUUUUUAAUCUAAUGAUUUACAUAAUCGUAUAUUCAAUAAAAUGAAGAAGAAAAGGUGAAAAAUAUGUAGAACGUAAAAUUGAAACAUAAAAGACUUAAAAGAUGUUUAUCCUCCGUACUUGUAUUUCGUACUGUACGAUUAAUUAUUCGCAUCGAUAUCCUCUCUAGAACUUAUUAAUUUAUUUAAUUAUGUAUUUAAUAACAUUUAUGUAUUUACCUACAUAGAAAGCAAAGUUUCAACGUUCUUACUAUCCCAUAUCGUACCAAUAAUACGAUAUAUUUAAUCUCGUUUUCUCUAACUUAUUUAUUGAUAUUUAUAAUCUUUGUGAUUUCGCAACAACCAAAGACAAGAUACCUGUUGUAUUGAUAACCGCGUAUUUAAACGAAAAUUAUUUAUAUCCAAAAAGAAAGAGGCAUUUCAUCGUUGAUAAGCACCUAAAAAAAAAAACGUCGUUCGUUGAGUAGACAUCUGUAAAUUUGUAUCUGUGAAAAUCUAUACGUGUAAUCGUAGUAGCACUUUGUACUACAGUAUUUGUCCAUGUAUAAGAGAAAGGUUAAUCGCGUAGCAUAUGUCCCUGUAUUUAUUUGCCUGUUAGUUUUCUGUCCUGAAGGACCUAGCAUCAAGAUAUGUACGUUCUAAUAUUAAUAGGAAAAGAAAUGAUUUAUUAAAGAAAAAUGGAACAUUUAGAUAUUGGAAAAAAUGCCAGGGUCUAUGUAUAGUUAUCUCUAUCACGCAAGCUUUGUGUAUGCAUCCGUUAUAUGCUGGGUAGGGUAGAUAAUCAGACGACUGAAUGUUCCGAAUAUUCGACUCGAAUGAUUUCAUCGAAAUUCGAAUACUCGAACGAACGUGCUCGAUUUAUUCGAAUCAAACCAAUGAAUUUGAAUAUCGCCGAUCGUAUCAAAUAUCUUAAAAGAUAUUAUUUGAUAAUUUUAAGAUAUUUCUAAUUUUAUAUAUUAUUCUAGAUUAUUAGGAAAUUUAAUUGAAUUAUUCUUUUUUUUUUGGUCCUUUUCUAUUUGUUGAUAAAAUUUUAAAUUUUGGAGAAGCUCGGACACAUCGUUUGAAAAUUCGAAUAAAUCGUAGCAGCAUUCAAAUAAUUGGAAUAGAAUUGAACAAUUUUCUAAUUGAACUUAUUCGAUCGAUCGAAUUAUUUCGGAUAUUGUUUGAAUGACGGAUUAUUAGAGUCAGUCCGAUAAAUCGAAUUCUAUAGGAUUCGAUAAGACGAUUUUUCAAUUAUUCAAUUCAUAUAGUCGAAUACUCAAUACGAAUCGAAAUCUAACUUCGAAUAAUCGAAUAUAUUUCGAGUGGUCUCGGGCACUCGACUUUCAACGUGGUGUAAUAACACUUCGUUGGUACAUAAUCGCUGAUUAUUUAAGAAAACACGUUAAAUUUUCCAUGAAAGUACAUAACACUAUCGAAUAUAGCGAGCCCGUAUAGGAAAACUAAACAUCGAAAGAAUAACUAGAAAGUCGAGCGGGAAGAUACUAUGAAAGUUUAAAUUUAAACUUCUUAGGUUAACAAUUUGUUAACUAGAAUUUUAUUAAAACAUGUAGGAUGAAAGUAUGUUAUAAAAAUCGAUCGUUGAUUUAAUCAAGGGUGUCGAUUAUUAUUCUUAAGCGUUAUUUUAAUGUACAAACUUCGAUUAAUCGUUAAUCUCAGUUUACACGAAGUAGUCUCAAAAACAAUUGUGUACGAGUAUGCGUUGAAAAAUUAUACUUGGAAGAUUUACUUUCCAUAAAACCAUAAUAGCUACAAGCUCGACAUGUGUAACGAUAGGAAAAUUUUUAUUGGAAAAGAAACUAAAUUCACGUCAUUAUUCACGCAAAAUAGAAAUUAACGAACAGGAAACGAUGUUCGGUGACAUUUAUUAUUAGACUACGGGUUUUUAUGCAUUUAUAAGAAAUUUGAAGGUGCAAAAUUUCAGAGAAUGCGCAUAAUGUGAAAGAAUGUAUAAAGCAUCCGAGAUAUAUCGCUUUCUAUAAUACUUGGCAAAUGAAACAAUAUUUUACCAAGUCUGUGCUUUUUUAACUAUAUUGUCAAAAAAAUUAAUUUCCAUAAAAAUCGGCAGUCUAAUUAUUAUGUUAAUCGAAUCUAUCGUGUGUAACGUGAUUUAGAAAAGAAAGAUAGCGACGUAUAUACAUAUUACAAAACACUCUCUAAUAGAAGACGCCCGAAUUGUGAUAUGUUUAUAAUGUUUAUAAGCCGAUACCUGUUCACGGAAAAAAUUCAUUCAAAUGGUGGGCCGUCGUUCAGCAAUUGCUUCGCGCUCAGCAAUGUCGUUUACACUGCAACGAUCUGCAACGAUCAUUUCUUGUUCUUCACACCUGGUUAUUGCACGUACACUCGUUAGCCGCGCAAACGAUUACUGACACGCGCCAUAUUUUAUCAAGAUAUCGAUACGAUUGUUACUUCGAGCGAUCGAGUCAUAUUCAGACGGGUAUAUUCAAAGCGUACCAAACGCAACGAUUAAUUUGAAUUUUUCAUUAAGAGUGUUCAAUUUUAAUUCGACAAAAGAUUUUCCACGCAAUUUAAUAGAUUGGGUACGUUUUAUAAAAAAAAAAGAGAAAAAUAACGUGAUAAUGUUAUUGCGUGGUUUUGAAAUAUAAAUUUUUAAUUUACUUUUAUCAUGAAUUUCGACACUUUUUAUCGCAAACGUAUCAUCGAUCUUUCUCUUGAUCACAGUACUUGAAACAUUUUCUUCCGUGAACAAACAUCGUGGAUCUUGUUAAACAAUGGAAAUUAUUCCGACAAAUUCACACAUAUAACUAGAGUAAGUACGUGUGUGAAUUUUCAAUUCGAUGUACGUAUACACAUUACACAUAUUAGGUGAAAUUGUGUAGAAAAUGUCGUUAAUUGAGAACAGAAUUGAUUGAGGAUGAACAUUAAGAAAAACAUUUCUUCGUUACUUUUAAUUCUAUUAAAUUAAUUCAAAUUUUUAUUUUACAAGAAAUACAUACAUAAGAAAGAAAAAGAAGAAUCUAACUGUUCUUGAUUAACGAUCUAUUCUUGAUUAAUGUCGUAACGCAUAUUUAAAUACUUGAUGUUGCGAAACAUCGCGACCGACAAAGCCUCUCGAUCGAAAUCGAGGAAGCGAUAGAGGACAACUUCAAACGUAUGGUUCGAUGAUAAAAAAAACGGGGACGUGCCGGAAAACUAUUUAAAAAAGAAUCAGACAGAAAGAGUGAAAAAAAGAAACAAGAGAAACCGGCUGAUUUACUUUUACUCAAUUUUAAUUGAACACAUGCGUAAAACAAUGAACACUUCAUCCUCCGCCAACGGAUAUAAAUGCGAAAUUUAAAGUCGCCAAUACGCACGAGUCAUGUGUUUAAAAGAAGCAAUUACCCUAAAAAGAAUCGCGCGUAAGAGUUACUUACUAGGGUGUUUCCGUUGAAAGAUAAAAGGAUAAAAAAAAAAAGAUAAAAAUCCCAACGUAUUUACGAGGUAGAUAAUAAAAACAACAAUAAUAAUAAAUAAUAAUAAAUAAUAAUAUUUAAUUAUGAUAAAGUAAUAAUGAUAUAAUAAUAAUAUUAUUAUUAUUAAUAUUAAUAUAAUUAUAAAUUAGUUGCAGCUUUCUGUGUAAGGUUAUUGUGAUAUUUAAAAAGAAAAAAAAUAAUAACUUUACCGUAGCGAUAUAAAAUUAAUUCAGAAUUAAGAAUCUGAUAUUUAGUGAGCAAAUAAAAAAAAGAAAUAACCAGUAUGUCGACGGGGCUUUUGAGUGAUGCCUCUCCGCGAUCGAUUCAAUAUGGUUACGUAUAGAGAAUGAAUAAAGAAAAAAGAAAAUACAGCGACCCGUGAGCGGCCGCGUCUCUCUCUCUCUUUUUUUUUUCGUCACCUUCUUCACGGGCGAGGUUAGAACGACAAUCUUAGGCCUCGUCAAAAUACUGCCGGAUACAUGAGGACAUUCCGAAAAUCGGUCGCAAACUAACGCCAGCUGAUUAGAUUAAGCUAUUUUUUCUGCAGUCGAAUUUGAAUGCAAACAAUUACAAAAAAGGAGGCAAAGUAAAAGAAAUAGACAAGAGAAACAGAAAAAUGAAAAGGUUUUGACCGAGCUGUUGCACGAUUAGUGCGAAAGAAAUUCUUGCGAUCUGCUUCGAUUAUUCGGAAAGUCCAUUUUGCAUCUGGAUCAAUCCGUCCAUAAUAUGUCUCACGCUUGAGGCAUUUGCACAAAUCUGUGCAUAUUAAUCAUUGGGACUACAAAAACAUAUCAUCAUAUGUAAUGGUAAUGAUACCGUAUACAUAUAUAUACAUAUGUAUACAUAUAUAUGCACAUAUAUAUACAUAUAUGUACAUAUACAUAUAUAUAUAUAUAUUUAAAAAAUAUUAAGCAAUAAGAUUUUAUUUAUAUGCCCGUAGAAGAAAAAUUGAAUGAACAACUGCAUAUCAACACGUGUGUCUGGGCAAGGAUUAGCUUAUACAUGAUAUAUAUAUAUAUAUAUACACAUAUAUAUAUAUAAUUAAAAUAUAAAUAUAUAUAUGUAUAUUAAUAUAUAUACAUAUAUAUAGGUAUAUAAUCUUUACUUCGUCGUUGUCAGGCGUUAAUGUUAAACUUAAUUAUCAUUAAUUAAUUAUUAGAUUGUGAAAGAAUUUCUUCAGGUUCUAAGCAAGAUUUGGAAAUAAUAAAACGAGUAAAAUACAUA